CCCAAAAGUUCCGGACCAUUGAAAAAGUACUACCUCACGACCAGGGACUUUCUGGGGCAAGUUGUUAUAACUGCAGACCGGAGAUCUCCAAAAUGUGGCAUAAACUCCCAAAGUGGGCAGAACCUCCAAAAUGAGGCGAGGUCUCCUUGCGCAAUUUUUUUUAAAAUUUUUUUACCAUUGGCUCUGCUUCAGCCAAUUGUUAUUGACUUACAUUUUAAAAUAAAACCGUGUAAAUUAAAAAAAAAUCUUUCUAGUUGAUCUAAAAUAAAAUAUGCUGUAUAAAUGAAUAUGCUCUGUGAGAGCAGAGCCCAAAGCUCGUGACCAGGGGUGUUUGGACUUGAGUUGGAACCUCUGCUUCAAGAUAUAAACAGGAAUUGCCCACAAGCUUUUCCACAAACCAUCCUAACGCAGCGCAAUAUUUAACUCUAUCGAUUUGUUUUAAGCAAUGUGGCCGGGGCACGAAAUUCGCAGGGUAGGAGUGGGUAGUGAUGCUGGGUGUAACAUAAUUAUAAUGAUCAGACAAGUGAUGAUUGCUUUCUAACAAGAUAACAUAUAAAAGUGGACCAAAUAAAGGUUUUUACUUUAAGUAUGUCAUUAGUAUGGGAGCCUGUUUCUGCCAUGGGAUAUAAAAAAAAUUACAAAUAUUGUGAUAAAAAAAAAAAAUCUUCUCACAAUUCUAAAGGAAAAAACUCACAGAGACAUAAGCUCAGAAUGGGAAGAUAUAAACAGAAAAGUAAUAAUUGUGAAAUAUAAACUUUCAAUUGCAAAAAACAAAAUCUGAAUUAUGAGAGUCACAAUUACCUAUUUAUUUUUUAAUUUCAAUGCAAAAACAGGCUUCCGUAUAUUAGUGAUAGUAGAGUUAGUUUCUUUUUUUCUUUUCUUUUUUAAUCACUGUUGUCACUCUUCAGAUGUCUUUAUUUUGGAGGUUAUUCCAGCAGAAAGGUACUCCGGGAAAUCGAAAGAUGGCUUCUUCAGAGCUUCUUAGCGUCUCUGGUUCAUCCCAGACAAACAAAAAAACCAUGGGCCACCGAGGAAUUGACCCCACUGGGGAAACCACAUAUAAAAAGACAACAUCAUCUGCUCUGAAAGGUGCCAUUCAGCUGGGCAUCACACACAGUGUGGGAAGCUUGAGCCAGAAGCCAGAGAGAGACGUGCUCAUGCAGGACUUUGAAGUGGUAGAAAGCAUCUUCUUUCCCAGUCAAGGCAGUAACUCAACUCCAGGUCAUCACCAUGGUGACUUCAAGUUUAAAACUUAUGCUCCCAUUGCUUUCCGCUACUUCAGAGAGAUGUUUGGGAUCCGACCCGAUGACUAUCUGUACUCUCUUUGCAAUGAACCCCUUAUUGAGUUGUCUAAUCCUGGAGCGAGCGGGUCUCUCUUCUACGUUUCUAGUGAUGAUGAGUUUAUCAUCAAGACAGUACAACACAAAGAGGCAGAAUUCUUGCAAACACUCCUGCCAGGUUACUUCAUGAAUCUGAACCAGAACAUGCGUACGCUGCUUCCCAAGUUCUACGGCCUCUACUGUGUUCAGGCUGAGGGGAAGAACAUCCGAAUUGUAGUGAUGAACAACCUGCUGCCAUGCGCUGUACCCAUGCACCUUAAAUUUGACCUGAAGGGCUCAACGUGCAAGCGACGUGCUUCGCCGAAAGAGAAAGCCAAGGAUUUGCCCACGUGCAAAGACCUAGAUUUCAUGCAGGACAUGCCUGAGGGCAUAUUACUGGAGAGUGACCACUACAGCGCCCUCUGCAAGACCAUUCAGAGAGACUGUCGGGUACUACAAAGUUUUAAAAUCAUGGACUAUAGUCUGCUGGUGGGUAUCCACAACUUGGACCGGGCCGGUGAAGAGGCGUCUGCUGCAGUGCCUGAUACCCAGAAAAAGGCACCAGGCCAGAAGCCCCUGUACUGUACAGCCAUUGAGUCUAUUCAAGGGGAGUCCAAGGGCAAUACUUCACCACAGCCCUACGAAAGCAUGGGAGGAAUUCCAGCAUUUAAUUCGAAAGGAGAAAGAUUACUGGUUUUCAUUGGCAUCAUUGAUAUCCUUCAGUCUUAUAGGCUUGUAAAGAAGUUGGAGCACUCGUGGAAAGCUUUCCUGCAUGAUGGGGACACUGUAUCUGUUCAUCGGCCGAGUUUUUACGCAGAUCGUUUCCAGAGAUUUAUGUGCAAUACAGUCUUCAAAAAACCUCCUUUGAAAAUGCCAACCACAAAGAAAAGUCGAGGAGGAACUGCGUCUUGUGGGAAGAAGUCAAACAUUGCAGUAUCUGGACAAUCACAACAAGCCCUUCCUGUAGCAGCAGAACAAACGCAGCCACAACAGACUACAACACAGCUGUACAGCAGUGGAGCUGUGUCCCUCAGCCCAGACACUCAAGGAGACAGAGGUGUGCAGAUUUCUCGUCCAGACCUGCUCCCACAACAGCUGAAUGAAGAUGAGAUCACACGUAGCUCAGCUGAUACGACUCUGUCAGCAGCCUCCGCUGAAAGCUCUCAGCACUCAAACACUCCAGCUCAGAGUCAUAGCAGUAUAGCUGCCCAAUCAUCCAUGGAAAUCUUGGAUGUGGAAGCCAGUUUCACUCAGUGAGAUCAAAAACAUCAGAAUGAAAGCCUCUGGAUGAACAGAACAAAAUAAAGCCCUCAAGGACAACAAUUUGUUCUCUUUUGAGGUCAUCAGUACAGAAGGAAAGGAAAACAUUAAAGUAUGAUGGUCUUGCUGUAACACCUGGAGAACUGGAAACCAGAGAAUCUGGAUAACAAAAGAGAGAAGAGCACGUUCAUAAAACAGUGAAGACGUAAAGACAAAGAUGUCACCCCCCCCACCUUUUUAUGUAUUUUUAUUUUUUUGGGAUGUCAACAGAAUGGCGUCCAAUAUUGCUGCUAUGAAAUGGAACCAAAAGAAAGAUGCCGCUGUAGUACCUCAACGGUGUGAUAUUACUGUUAUCAAACAGUGCCAUAUUUACAAGAACUUUUUGAACCCGAGAUUGUUCACAGCAGAAGUAAAGUGUGGAGAACUUUGUUUGCAUCAUGUGACCGCUUCUGGGGAACAAACAGGUCUUUUGAGUACCUUGGUGAGUUUUCUAGUGGAUUUCAUUUGACCAUGCACCUUUUUUUAAAUUUGCCAAGGAGACCAAUCUGCAGGGGUCAUGUUAUUUCUAAGGGAAGAAAAGAAGUCUGGUUUAUUUUUUUUGUUUUUAUUUGGCUUGAUUAUUAACAACAACAAAUGUAGAAUAAGUCAAGCCAGUUCAGAUUGCCUGGACAAUCACAUAAGACACUUUUUUCAAAUCUGAAUUGAUAUAAUCUGUAAAUCGUGUUAUGAAUCGAUUUAAUUGCAGUACUGUGAUCUUGUAUUGGAUAUUUAAAUGUGCCUUAAUCACUAGUUAUUUAGCCUUGUCAUAAACAGGAAGCUUUUUACUGUGCAUUGUGCCUGUGAGUGGCAAAAACAAAAUCAGUCGGUCAUGUUUGAGUGUUAAAAUACAAUUAUUUUUAAAUCUAUAUUUGGAGCUUUCCAAGAAAAUGCUUUGGCCAGUUUUCUUUGCUUUACAUUGUUAGGAAAAACAUGCGAGAAAAAAUUUAAGGAGAAACAGGGUAAAAAGAUCACUUUUGUAACAAUGGAAGAAAGAUUGUAUAUCAUAUAUAAAAGCCCAAAUUCAAUAUUUUGGCUUGCGGGACACUUUUUAAAAAUGGUUGUUUUUUUAGCACACAAUAAUACUUUACUGUAAAAUAAAAAUAAAAUUUUUUAUAUAGUAUCAGAACAUUCAUCAGUAUUUUUGUAUGUCUACAUAAACUGGGUAGAAUAGCAACUUCUCUUAAGGUCUUUAGUUUUGUGAAGAGAAUUGAAAUCAAACUAAACUUAAUCCUAAACCAAAUCUUUUUAUUAUUAUUAUUAUUAUUAUUAUUACAUAUGUUCAUGCUAAUCAGUCUGUCUGAAUACAGAUAUAUUGGUAUGAAGAUGCAAAUGGUUGGACUAAGGGAAAGUUGCUGGAUCUUUUUCUGUGACAAUUUUUCUAAACAAAAGAAACAUUCCUGUAAAAAGUCAUAUUUAUUUGUAUGUUUGCAUGUAAUUUAUUUCUUUAUCUCAACAUCCUAAGUGUGUGAUACCCGGUGGCCAUGUAUAUUUGUUAGGGAAGGUGAUUUUUUUUUUUUUUUUUUUUACCGUACACUUAUGAUCGGGGAUUCCUGUGCAAUUAUGGUUUACUCUGAAAAUGCUGCCUUCAUUCUUGUUGUCUAUCAAACUGAGAAUUUUCUUAUGUGGUAUCUUUAGGAAAAUAUUCUACACUCUUACAAUGACAUUCAUGUAUUUCUGCUCUCUUUUAGAGGAUAUUAAGACUUUUGGAGUGGAAAAUAUUGCAACAUUUCAUGCUGUAUGCAAAUGAAUGAAAUAAAAAACACUGUAAAGUAGAA